UCAAGUGAUCAACUGAUCAAACCUGAAAUACUUUUAGGUUAUGUUAGGUUGUCCAAAAUUACAAAAAUGUCUUUAAAAUCGUGUUUCGUUCUACUUCCAGGUUUGGUCAAAACCUUAAAACCUAACACAGUCAGUAAUUUAAAUCGACCAUUGCUCAACCUCGUCAAUAAACCCCAAAGAAUUGCUUUCCUGUCAACUGAAAAGAAACCUGAAACGAUUAACCAGAAGGAAAUAUAUUACGGUAUUCUGACACCACAAAUAAAAGCCGUUAAGGUGUUUUCAUUGUCUUCUAGUAUUGUAGGAAUUGUAGGCCAACCAUUUUUAUAUAAAGCAAUUUUAUCAACAGGAAAUGUUCCUGUUAUCGUUGCUGCUUACUCGUUUAUUGGAUUUUUUACAUUAGUGACGCCUUUUUUGCUUCAUUUAAUUACAAAGAAAUACGUGACACAUUUGUUAUACAAACCUGAAACCGACAGUUAUGUUGCAAAAACUGUAAACUUCUUUUGUGUCACAAAGGAGACUGAAUUCAAAAUUGAUGACGUGAAAGUUCCCGAUGUUCCUGGAAUGUUCACAACUUUAUUAGCAAAUGGAAAACCGCUCUUUUUUGAUCCUAGGCUGUUCGAAAAUCCCGAACAUUACGCAAGGAUUAUGGGUUAUGAUAAACCUAUAGAUUUCAAAUUGUAUGAAACACCGCCCGUUGACAAGAAAAAUUGAUUAAAGUUUUAGUAAAUUAUCGUGUAAAUAAAAUAGUUAAUAUAAAAUUGAAAACAAA